CCCCACCGCAGUCCGUCCGGCUACCAGCUGCUGCAGCCGCUCCUUCACCGCCUAGACAUCCAGCAGCCCCCUGCUCCAGCCCAGCAUGGUGACCCCGACCCAGGCCCCCACAAAGGUGCCUCAGGAACCUGACCCAUUUUACUAUGACUAUGACACUGUACAGACUGUGGGCAUGACUCUGGCUACCAUCUUGUUCUUGCUGGGAAUCAUCAUCAUCGUCAGCAAGAAGAUGAAGUGCAGGAAGGCGGACUCCAGGUCUGAGAGCCCAACAUGCAAAUCCUGUAAGUCGGAGCUUCCCUCUUCAGCCCCUGGCGGCGGCGGCGUCUAAGAUCAGCCUCUGGCACCUCCACUGCCUUCCCUGCCCUAGUGCGGGAGCCUGAUGACCCGGUGGAGGCGGUGGGGACCCCAGGUUUGCGCCAGGGAGCGCUCCCCCGAAUGAGCCGCCACACCCACCUCGAGGCUGGAGCCUCUGCACCCCGCCGCCCCUCCCCAGGCCUUGGCAAUGACGAUCCCCCAAAGAUCCUGUCUGCAUCCCAGACCCAGGGACUCAGGCCUCCAGCUCCUGGGAUUCGGAAGUCCACCUCCAGCCCCACAGAAUCCCCACGUACUGCUCCCUUUCACCUCCUUGUCUCCUGCCCAGGGAUUCGUUCCGCUGACCCCUCGGUGUCUCUGUCGUGAGCUUAAUAAAUGUGCAUUUGGUUUUUUCCCCU